AUGAUAAACGGGCGUCAACCCUUCCAUCUCUUCCUUCUUCACGGGCAAGAUGGAUCGAGCAGAAAAGGAAGGAAACCGACGAUGGAUUCUUGGAUGCAAACACAUCAGAUGGAACCAUCUAUCAAGUGCAUCUCGAAUUACUGCUUUCCUACUACAUUUUUCCGUCCUUCCACCCCACCACCCGAAAUAUCAUUUCUGGUAGCUAAAAGUCUUCUCGUUACCAUAUUGAAUUGUGACCUUACUUCAGUUGUUUAA